AAUAUUUAUGGGAAAAAAAAAACAUACCUCGUUUAAUCAAGUUAGUUGGGGAGAGGGGGAGAGGGAGAGGGAGACAAAAUCCAAAUCCAACAAAGAAAAGGACAUGGAAAGUGAAAUUUGAACAAAACAAAAAAAGAAAAUUAUAUAUAAUUAUAUCCGAAUUGCGUUGAUUUCUUAGCUUCAAAGGCACGCCAUUGGCUUCCCUAAUACUCCAAUCCCCCGAUUCCAUUCCUCUACAUCAUCUUCUUCUUCAGCUUCUUCUCAGGAAUUACAGAUUCAAGAUGUCGGCCGCCGGCCUCCACUGCGAGGUGUGGCAGCCCCAAGAGUGGGCCGAAUCAGACUGCUCCUCCUCCUCUUCCGAACCCCCCGAAUUCUUCAUCGAUCUGUACGUCUCCUCCUACGCAAAUCAAGGGGGCGAAACAAUCAGCAGUCUCCGAUACAAGAAUUUCCGCCGGCGACGCGACGUUUUCACCCAAGAUUCCUUGUCCUGGUCCGCAAUUUCCACCAUGCUCUCCGAAACCAGCGUGCCCUACCAUCUCCAGCCCUUCUUCAUCCAACACAUUUCCCUUAGGGCUCGCCGAAUCGCCGCCCAGCCCACCAACGCCCUCUCCCGCACCAUCCCCAUCGUCGUCGAGCUCGUCCUGCCACUGCCGGAGGAGGAGGAAUCCGGUUCCGGGUCGGAUCCCCGGGUUCCGAACGGGCCGGGCCGGGCGAGUAGGGCUUCGAUUGAGGAGAUGGAGAGGGCGGAAAUCGAAUUGGGGAUUUGUGGCGGUGAUUGCGCCAUCUGUUUGGAUGAGAUUGAAUGUGGCGCCGUUGGGAUGCCCUGUUCGCAUAUUUACCAUCGGAAUUGCAUUGUGAAAUGGCUGCAGCAGAACAAUCUUUGCCCCUUGUGUCGGUUUCAGAUGCCACUGGAAAUGGAAGAACAAGAAGAACAAUAAAUUUAAAGGUUUGGGUUUCGGGUCUUUUCUUCAUUGGAUUUUAUAUGGAAUGACUUUACAAGUUCAAACCUUGUGGCUUUGCGAGGGUUAUGAAACCGACUUUCAGAAGAUUUGUAAAGUAAAAUACUUUUUCUUUAUGGGUUAAUGCAAUGGAACUGGGUUUCUUUUUCUUUUUCUUUAAUGGAGAUGCAAGAACAUGAGUAAAAUCUUACUUGUACAUAUAUGAAUAUGACUAAAGUAAUUUCUUCCCA